AUGGAAGAUUGGUGGUUGAGUUCAGGUCACGUGACGUCCAGGGAUACCGCGUUAACCACGUGCACGGACCGUGGAAGUGGGUGGUAUAUUGCUACCAUACAAUCAACCGAUGACCAGGAUUGGCUAGAAUUAUGUUUGUUGAGUGGCAAUUCUUGGGUCGGGGCCACAGAUGAGUCAACAGAAGGUACUUGGAUUUGGGAAGAUGGUACGCAAGUGGCAGAUGGUCUUCGCUGGCACAAUGGCUUGCCGGUCUCAAGUAAUUUGAAAAACUGUGUGUACAUCAAGGGGAACGGCAAUUUGGUCGAUGACUCCUGUAUGGCGAGCAAUAGAAAGGCACUGUGCAGGAAAACACGUGAGUUACUUGUAACUUGA